AUGUCGCCGUCUCUGGCCGUAAUGGGCGCCGAACCGCGAUGUAACGAAAACAGCAGGAGCGGCGGGAGGAGCAGCACACGGGACGCUUGGUCAUGCGCAAGAGGAGGCAGCAGCUGGCGAAAGCAGGAGACGGGCGAGCAGCGGCGGCGAGAGGAGAGGAGCACCCGGAGAAGGAGACGGACGCUUUGCGCGGUUUCCGCCGUGAUCGCCGGCUACGCAGCUGCCUCUCUGCCGUGCGGAGCGGGCUUCGUGGCGCCAGGCGUGCAGCAGGCCGGCCGAUCAGCUGCUGCUGCGGUACCCUCGUAUGUUCGUUCAGCAGCGCCGGGCGGGGGAGAGAGCAGGAGGGCAGGAAUGCGGCGAAGACGACCAUCGGAUGCCGUACGCAUGGUUGCAAUGGAGCCUCGCGUUAACUCGAAGGGCCCGGCGACGGAAACGGUGGCGCCGGCAAGGCCUGCUGGCAAGGAGGGGCCGCACCUGCCGUGGACGGGGUCGAUGGCGGGCCCGGAGUUCCCCCUGACGUACAUGCCGUUCAUGGAGCACAUGCUGAACGUGCUGGCGCGCUCUUUCGGGGAGAUGACGGCGCUGCCUCUAGCCGACAAGCUGGCCUUCGUGGACAACACAGACAAGAAGGCCCGCAUGUUGAGAUGCUGCUACUAUGGGGAUCAGUUGAACCGCAAGUGA